AAAGGCGGAUUGAAGCAGAUGGAAAGAGUGAGAGCAGUGAGAGAGAAUGCAUUUUACACACGUAUUUGCAUUGCACGGAUUAUUUUUUGAAUAAGUAUGCGCGCUAUCAACGCACCGAUUGUUGGAAUCAAGUGUCGUGCGUUAACAUUUUCAAAUAAAUUUGUGAAAUAAUAGCCAAAGUAUCAAGUACACCUGUAUCACCUGUCAACUUUAUCGGACGAGAGUGCAGGUUAAUUAGAGAGAAGUUGAAAGAAUCCCCAGUCACGUCUUGCGUCCAACGUGAAUAAUGGAUAGUGAACAGCAUCACUAUGAACUGAGGAGUAGGAGUAGAUCAAGGUCACACACUCCGAUGAUCUUCAAUCAGUUAAUGACAGGAUCUGAAUCGUCAGAACACCAUUAUGACUUGAGGAGGCGAGAGAGUAGAGAGAGAUCGCAUACACCCGGUGAAGUUACCAGCAGCAGACGAUCCGGAUCGAGAUCUCUGCCUGGUAGCAAUCUGAAAUCACGAGAUAAAUCCAUGGAAAAAAUUUCGGAGACUCAUGACGAAGUACAAGCAGAGAGAGUUCUGGAGAAAGAAAAUUCGGUUCCUCCAAGCACCAUUAAAAAAGUUGAACGACGCUCUGAGAGGCAGAGGGUGAAAAGACAAUUACUGACAAAUGGCCAGGGCGAGGCCAGAGAACGACAAUCACCCGACAAAAAUGAUGAGAAGCGCAAGAGUAUGACACCAAAAAGGACCAUAACUAGUGAUUAUUCUUCGGAGGAGGGAGAGCGAGAAGAACUACCAAAUCGAUCAGCUUCUGCUUACGAAAUAUAUAAACAGGCUGGUGAUUAUUGGAAUGUCUUCCCAAAAACGGAUUAUACGUACUCACAGGCGUCACAAUGCCGAUAUGAAAUUGCCCCCGGUAUUUUGGCAAUGCCCAAUAUGUCAAGACCAUCGAUACACUCGGAUGGCAGUAGUACUGGUAGUACAUUGUCCCUCAGUCAACAAACAAUCAGUCAAACGUCCUCUGGUACAAGGCAAAGACACUCACAUUCUUUGGACGGUGAAAUUAAUGAAUCUAUCGAACAAAAUCGAUUGAAUGAAGAAAAUGCGAGAUUAUUCGCUGCUACAAUGAACAGCGACAUGGCUUCGGCUGCUGGUUACAAACAAGUGCAUGUGGAACAAUUCACAAGAAGACGUGUCUUUUAUGAAGAGUCUGGCAGUGGUAGAAAAUUUAAUAGACUACUCUCACAAGUUGAUUCUGACGGUGAAUUUGAUGAUGAUAUCAGGACGAAAUAUGCGAUACGUGGGGAACGUAGGAGAGUGAGAAAGUGGUAUGAGAGUAUCAAGAGUUUUAUAGCUCUUUUCUUCCUCAGUGCCGUUGAAUUAGUCAGAGUGAAAAUAUUCAGGAGGGAAACAACUUUUAACACUAGUCAAGGAUAUUAUCAGUGUGGAGUUUCAGAAUCAAAAUGGAGAAAGUUGUGGUAUCAAAUUGAUCACUACUUGCAGUACUUAUACUUGUGGUUGAUAAGAAUACUUUACCUCGAUACAUGGAUACUGAGUCGGUUCUCUAGGAUUCGAGAACGUAUUGUAGCACGUCCAUCACGGCUACUCUGGUUAAUAAUCUUACCGCCUAUUCUUUUCGCUGGUUUUUGGCUGCUUCCCUAUGCUCAGAGCUUGAAAUUCCCACAAUUUAGCAUCAAUGUGCCAGAGGAAGUGGCCAAGACACCGUUUGUGCCAGUGGAAUCAAAUGAAAGGCUUUUCAAUGAGGAGAUACGAAACACCAUUGCCCUCUUGAUUGAUCGAGUAGAGAAACUUGAGGGGGCGGGACAUGGUCAAGGGAGACAAUUGAAAAAUAUCACAGAUACUAUUGAGAUAUUGAGAGAGGGAGAAAAGUCUGUUUGGAGUCUUUAUGAUGAAAAACUCUCAAAUGUGGAACGAAAAAUAAUCGACAAUAAACCUGAUGGAACCACUGAGAACGAGAUAAAAAAUAUAAAACUAGAAUUUGAGAAUCUCCGACAACUCUACGCACAACAAAAGACUUGCUGUGAUAAGCCAACACAAUCAAUCACCAAUAACGAAAUCGAGAAAAGGGUGGAGGAAAUAGUGAUCUCGUAUUUCGACACAGAGGUAUUCAAAUCCGAGAUAAUAAAAAUAGUGGAGGAGACAAUAAAAAUGAGAACUCUUGCUGAAACGGAAUCACAAGUGAUGGAUGAAUCGUCAACAGUGGAUUAUCCACAAUCUCAAUCAAUUUCAGUCAGCGAUGACUACAUUCGCUCAAUUGUCAAGGAAAUAUUGAAAAUUUACGAUGCAGAUAAGACAGGGCGAGUGGAUUACGCCCUGGAGUCAGCAGGUGGCCAAAUAAUCAGUAUUCGCUGCACUCAGCGUCACAAUGUCAAUACAAGAGCGUAUAAAGUUCUGGGAUUCACUUUGUAUUAUGAGAGUGGAGAUCCUAGAACAGUGAUUCAGGGCCAUCCACUCCAGCCAGGGGUCUGUUGGGCGUUCCAGGAUUUUCCGGGUUAUCUCCUGAUAAAGGUACGAGCCCCAAUCAGAGUCAGUGGAUUCACCCUGGAGCAUGCCCCCAGGUCGAUACUUCCAAACAAUGAAAUGAAGAGUGCACCCAGAAGAUUCAACGUGUGGGGAUUGAAAGAGGAGAAUGACCCAGCCCCAAUAUCAUUCGGAGAGUACGAAUUUCUCGAUAAUGAUGACAGCCUCCAAUACUUUCCUGUUCACAAUCAUGAUAUCAAUGACGCCUAUGAGUAUAUUGAAUUAAAAAUUCAUAGUAAUCAUGGGCAACUUGAGUACACGUGUUUGUAUAGGUUCAGAAUCCAUGGAAUACCGGUUUAGAUGAACUUUACUAGUGGAUCAACAAUGAACAGCGCUCACCAAAAGUAUUUUCUUUUCUUUUUUUUCUUUUAGAUCAUGCUGUGUACAAUAAUGCAAUAGAGUUGAGGAGUGGUAAACUGCAGAAUAUGUGACAAUUUUUAUAGAAAAGGUUUGAAUUUUUUUUUCCUGCUAAAAUAAUUACCCAAUGAAGAAAGAGUUCAAUCAAUAUAAUAUUUGGCAAUUUUUCAUAUUAUCAUUUUCUUAAAAAAAAAUUCCCGUAAAUAUUCUUUCGAAAUUAAGGAUAUUAUUAUUAUUAAUGCGAGUGUAAUUUGAGGAGUAAUCAUUUACCAUAGAUUAUGCCUUCUCCACUGAGUAAACUCACACGUGCCUUUGAACAAAGUAAUUAUACUAAUAAUGCCAUAAUCGUUGUCAAUAUAAUAUAGCCCAUAAUUCUGUAGAGAUCGCAUCACUUUUUUAUGAAUUAGGAGAUUGUACAAUUUAUCAGCGCAAGCGCAACAUUUGUUUUUAUAUCAAAAGAAUGUGUAUGGUGUUGAAAACACGAACUGAAGUUAUAUCAGCAAUUACCCAAAGCUCUGUAAAUUGUAAUUACACACAAAGUACAAAUUAUUCAUGAAGAAAAAUGAGUUUUAGAGUAAUAAGGUAAUUUUGCUGAGUUUUUUUCCAGUAAGAUUCGAUGAAAUCACGCUUUAUUUUUUUUUUUAAUGUUGUUUUGACGUUGGUGUAACUUUAAGAAUAGGGGAUUGACGUGAAUUGGAGGUUUUAAAAGAUGAGACUUUGAUGACAGAA